UUUUACCUAUCGCUUCCACCACGUGACUCCGAAGCGGCGGCGCGCCCGGAAAAUGUCUCCCAUGACGCCGCGCCGCGUGGGCGGUGGAAGCUUCCGUCGUCGUCUCGUCCGCAGCGACCUACCGCGGGGCCCCGCCGCACCGCGCCUAGGAGAGUAGGAGUACUUCACACCCUCUCCCACCUCGUGCCGUCAUCAGUCAGUCAGCUUCCCUUCCCCGAGCACACAGCACACCCACCGGGACGGGAGUCGGGAGGGGGAAGGGGAGGGAUCGCCUGUCUAUCAAGGAAGGAAGUGCGCUUCUGCCUGCGUGCUCUGGCGAUGCCGUCCGGGUGGAGGGGCAUCCUGGGUUUCGACUACGGCAUCGUGCAGGCGCCGCUCGGCCCCGACAUCUCCGGCCCGGAUCUCGUCGCCGCCGUCGCCAACGCCGGCGCCAUCGGCCUCCUCCGCCUCCCCGACUGGCCGGCGCCGGAUCACGUCAGAGAGCUGAUCCGAAAGACCAGGAGCCUCACGUCCAAGCCGUUCGGGGCGGCCAUCGUGCUGGCCUUCCCGCACGAGGACAACCUUAGGGUCGUCCUGGAGGAGAAGCUCGCCGUGCUGCAGGUCUAUUGGGGGGACUUCCCCAAGGAGAGCGUGCAACAGGCGCAUCGCGCCGGAGUUAAGGUCUUGCAUCAGGUCGGCAGCCUUGAGGAGGCAGCUAAAGCUAAAGAAGCCGGUGUAGAUGGAAUCAUUGUUCAGGGACGUGAAGCAGGGGGGCAUGUAAUUGGCCAGGAAGGACUGUUUCCGCAGUUGCCAAGAGUAGCCGAUCUUGUUUCAGACUCGGGCAUUCCAGUUAUCGCAGCUGGGGGAAUUGUAGAUGGACGUGGCUAUGUUGCCGCAUUGGCACUUGGGGCCCAAGGAGUUUGUUUAGGAACUAGGUUCCUUGCUACCGAGGAAAGCUUUGCGCAUCCUAUUUAUAAACAAAAGUUAAUUGAGAUGAGUCGCACAGGCUACACAAAUAUUUUUGGACGUGCUAGAUGGCCUGGUGCUCCACAACGUGUCCUGGAAACACCCUUCUAUGUUGAGUGGAAGGAUAAUUUCCCAGAUCAGGAAACAGAGGAAAAUCAUCCCAUCAUAGGCCACUCUAUCAUCCAUGGUGUGGAAAUAGACAACUGACCAACAAUUCCUGACCCCAGCACAAGGAUAUUCGUCGGUUUGCCGGCACUGUUCCAAACGCCACGGCAACAGGAGAUAUCAACAUCAUGGCCAUGUACGCGGGUCAGGGUGUUGGGCUAAUCAAGGAGAUCGUACCAGCUGCUGAAGUUGUCAAAAGUCUGGUCGCUGAAGCAAAGGAAGUCAUUAGAGAAAAGCUUUCUGGUUACCAGUAAAAUUCUACUACCUGAACUGAGCUAGAACGUGAAGUAUUUGUGAGUAGUCACCAAUCAAAAUAAUUGUGAGUACCAAGGUUUGUUUCUUGUGUUAUUUGUAAGUAAAAAACCGAUGAAAAUAAAUGAGACAACCAAAGGUAUUCUGUCAGUCAAAAUUUUUGUGCUGCUAUACACGUAGCCCUGAAGAGCCUCUGCCGGUCUGCCCUAUGGACGUCACUGGCACUGCCCUAUUGCAUUGUUGCUACGUGACUUUUACAGAACCUAAAGAGAGUAGGAGUACUACUCUAUCUCGUUUUCUUUGUAAUA